GUUCGGCCUCCUUAACUCUAGGCUCUCCUAAUGUACAGGUGUCAUGGUAUGGGUUGAAUUAGUGUGAAGUUAGACGGGGGAUUCCAAGGCUUGCUGAACGCGUUCUCGAAUUAUAAAAAGGCGUAGGCUGCCGAAUCUUUUCUGGGAGGCGUGGCCAGCUGUGAAGUGUAAGUUGAGAAUAAGAUUCGAUGCACAGAUCACUGCGGUGGUUUUAAUUUUGGUAGUGUCUUCAUUCAAUUAUAAUAGGUGAUUCGGCGAUACCGGCGGCGACACCGAUUGAGUUAUAUUAUCAGCCUCAAGUACAUCUUGCAAAUGAGAAAUGUGCACUAUGGUACUGAGCAAGCUGAAUGAGGCUAUGAUCAAAAUUGGCGAAAAGCCUACGUACGAGUUAAUAUCAAACGAGGUUGGAACACAAUCAAUCGAAUUCAAGUACCGUGUGAGUUGCCGAACUGUACGCAAUGGUGAAAUUAAAACUGCCGAGGGCUGUGGCUUGUCCAAGAAGGAAGCAAAACAAAACGCAGCUCAAACCUUUAUGCAGAAUUAUUUGAGUAACUUGAAGAGUGAGAUGUCUGACACUGUACAAUCGCAGUUUUUUCACUCUGAGAAUACUUCGUGCACUGUGAAUCUAAGCGAUUGUAUACUGCACAAUGUAUUAAAGAUACUUUGCGCCAAAUUUCAAAUGGCAACACCUACGUAUACAGAUGUAUCAGCAUCUGGUCCUUCACAUUCUCCUAGUUUUACGAUAAAGUGUCAAAUUCAUGUAUUUAACACCAAAGGCGACGGUAGUAGAAAACAAGAAGCUAAGUUAAGGGCGUGCAAAAAAAUGAUUGCACAAUUGAUGGAUGCAAAACAGUAUUUCGAAAUUUUUGAGUCCCCACAAUUGACAGAAUCAGCAAACAGCCGUGAAAUCUAUUGUUUCUCCAGAGAUUUGAAAGUACCGUAUUCGUCAAAACCAAUUGGUGUAUUUGGUAGGCGAAAACAAAGUUCCACAUUAUCUGAACCGCUUCUUGGCAAUGCCAAACUUUCCAGUAAAUUACCUAUCCUUAACGGUAGUUCUUCUACGUUAAAAACUGUAAUUUCCAACAAUCAUCAGAUAUCUGAUUGUGAGAAAAGUAGAGAAAGUUGUUACAAUUUAGACGUGAAUACGAACCUGAUAAAUUUCGAAAAUGCUUCUCUGCAGAAAAGUGUUCCCAUGAAAACUAAAUGUAAGUCCCUCGACUAUUUAUCUUGCUGUGUCGAUAACAAAGCUUCAAGUCUGUAUGUAGAUAAAUCUAACGAACUUUUAACUUAUGCAGAAGGAAAAAAGGCAGUAAAAAGAAUGAACGACACUUUGCAAAGCGUAGAAAAACAGCUGUAUGAUGAGAUACGCAAUACUCUAACAGACUCUGAUUCAACUUUUAAAGAAACUGUAAAACUUUUGUCUUGCUCGUACACAGUAUCCAUUAGCGCCAAAUCUCCUUUUAUGAUAUUUAAUUGUAAAUCUAACUCUGAGUGUACCGAUCAAAGUAUCAGAAUCGGGUGCUUGGCCAAAUUGCUGCAGAAUCGCAUAGAAUAUAUGGAAAAAAGUAUUCAGAUACUUUGAUAGGUACCUGAGUUUGUAUCAAUGAUAUUUUUUUUAUCCAUUAUCGAUAUUUUUUUCUACUGUUUUUUUUAAAUACUAUCGUUAAUGCUUUUAUUUGAAUUUCAGUCGACAAAUAAUAUUGACAGUUGGCAGGCAUGCAUCUGUUUAAUUAUAUGAUACAGUACAGAUUAUAGGUAGUAUUUGUACUAUUUUUUAUGUUUCUUUGCGCUCCUUUCUUUAAGAUAAUGCUAUAUUGUGAUAUUAAGAAAAAGAUAUUUCUGUAAAAAUAUUCAACCAGAGGACUUUCAAAAUUAUAAACGUUACGUACUCAGCGAAUUUCCGUUUCCUUAUCUUUGUACAUGUAGCAUGUUUUUAGACAAUAAGCAUGGAAAAUUGCAUACCCUUUUGUUACUAAUUUGUAUUAUUAUUCAAGUACAUAUAAGUAUUUCCACUCUGAUCAAAUAUUUUUAAUGAUAGAUGACGGGAAAUUUUAUUAUCCAGUUUGCAAUCAAGUAAUGAUAAUUAAGAUUUCUUACGUGCCUUGAAGCACUUCCAGUAAAAUAAUAAGUGACGAACAUUGAACCGCGAGUCGGUGAAAAUCGAAUAUGAUAAACAGUUGAACAAAACCUUUAAGGUUCAGGGUAAUCAAAAAUAUUCUGUUAAAACACAUACAAUACAAUUAUAUAUGCCCGCAUAGCACAUUCGUGUGAUAAUUUAUUUUUUUUUUUCUUAAAAA